GAUUAAAUCAAUUCUACCAGUUCAACUGGAGGAAUGCAAAACGUCUUUGUAAAUAUAUAGAUACACAUACUGUGUUUAAUCCAGUUCCUUCAGGUGUUCAGUUGCGUCCUGACUUUAUGCUGUCUAUUGAUUCAGAAUUUAAGUUCCCUUUUUUUAAACAUUCUUAAAGUGUAAUUAAUUGCUAGUUGUAGUGUCAGUGGUUGACACAUUUUAUUAUACAAUUAGCAAUGUAUCACGUUUUCUAGUAACAAACUAGCUGAAGAAUUGUCAAUGUUUGUUUCGAUGUACCCACUGUAUGAGGACAGAGUAACAAGGAAAGCACAGAGAAUUGCCACCGACAGCUCUUCUACCCUUUGGCAGACGUUUUAAGCAACCAAUUUUUAAGACUAACAGAUCCAUGUCUUCUUUUAUCCCUGUUGGCCCGGUCUUGGCUUUAUCGUUUACCCAGAAGCACUGGCUCAACUGCCGCUCCCGCAGAUAUGGAGUGUUCUCUUCUUUGUCAUGCUGAUUCUUUUGGUACAAGAUUCAUUGUUUUCAACUGUGGAAACGGUAAUAUCGGGCAUCUUGGAUGAAUAUCCCUUCCUCCUGAAAUGGAGAAUCCCUGUGACUGCUGCGUACUGUCUGGUGUCAUUUCUGCUAGGGCUUAUUUUCACCACUGAGGGUGGAAUGUACGUGUAUCAACUGGUUGACUGGUACAUAGCCACCAUAUUCCUCAUCUCUGCUGGAUUUAUGGAGUGUGUAACUUUUGGAUGGGUAUAUGGAGUGAAUCGUAUCAGUGCCGAUGUUACACUAAUGAUCGGAAGACCAGCCCCAUUGUUCUUCAGAAUCUCAUGGUCUUCCAUCACUCCCGCAAUGCUCCUGGCAAUAUUCAUUUUCACUCUGGUUCAGUACCAGCCUCCAACAUAUGGCAACUACAUCUAUCCUGAUUAUGCUGCCUCCCUUGGUUGGUGCCUGGCAGCGGUUCCCUGCAUUCCAUUGGUCACUGUGAUGUUCGUGGUCAUUUACAAGGAGGAGGGGACGGUACUGCAGAGGCUAAGGAAGAGUUUGAAACCUGAUUGUUCUUGGGGUCCGGCAAAAUCGUCAUGUCGGGAAGUUUAUAGUCGCACAUACGGGGCACACUCCUUCGGAAACUCGUAUCUGGUUUCAGCAAGUCAAGCCGAGUCCUGAGUUCCCUACCAAGAAACAACUUUGCUGGUCUUUUCCCUGUAGUGCGGUGUGGAGAAGAUCUGUACAUCAAAAGAAAUUGUUCACACUUCUUGUCAACUGUGUGUGAAUCCGCAUUUGCUGCAUUCAUAGCUCUCUUGAAAGCCUGAACAACUCUCUCUGCUUGUCCGUUUGUAGACGGAUGGUACGGAGCCGAAAAUAUGUGUUUCAUCCCAUUUUCUUU